UUCGUUAAAAUACAGUUAAAAGAUAAUAUUUAUUAACGAUAAGCUGAAAACACGAUUCUCCUGUCUCCUCCGCUUAUCGUUUCCCGGAGCCCCUACUUCCUCAACUCCGGCCAUGGCGGCCACCCUUAUCCUCAAACCCUCACCGUCCUUCUCCGCCCAUCCUCCGCCGCACCUCCUUCACGCCUCCUCCCCGUUCCGGCUAUCCACACUAUUCUUCAGACCAACCACAACAAUCUUCUCUCCACCAUUUCACCAUCACAACCACACUUCCUCCUCAUCUGUAACCGUUUUCAGCACUAUCGCCACCGGUCCCGACCGAAUCACUCGUUUCGAGAGUCCGGAAUCUGAAUCUGACCUAAUUUCCACUUUCAACGAUAAAAUUCUGAAACAAGAGUUCACGAAGCGGAACUCCGGUAGGUAUAAACAGGAUUCCGGUGACGGUGUGACGGAUGAAGAGGUUGAGAAGUAUAUUCAGCUUGUGAAGCAGCAGCAGCAACGAGGAUUGCGUGAGUUGAAACGAGGUCGUUUACGUACAGCUGGAGGUUCUGGUAAUGAAAAUGCUGGUUUUAGUUAUAAAGUUGAUCCGUUUAGUUUAGAAGAAGGUGAUUAUGUUGUGCAUAAGAAGGUUGGAAUAGGGCGGUUUAUGUCGAUUAGACCGAGCAUUCCAGAAGGUUCCACUACGCCCAUUGAUUAUGUUUAUAUUCAGUAUGCUGAUGGAGUGGCUAAGCUUCCGGUUAAACAAGCGUCUAAGUUUCUUUAUCGAUAUAAUCUUCCGAAUGAAAGCGGGGCGCCUCGAGGUUUGGGGAGAUUGAAGGAUACGAGUGUUUGGGAGAAGAGGAAGAUUAAAGGGAAGGUUGCGAUUCAGAGAAUGGUUGUUGAUUUGAUGGAGGUUUAUUUAAAUAGAUUGAGAUUAAGAAGGCCUCCUUACCCGAAGAACCCUGCUAUGGCGGAGUUUGCUUCUCAGUUUCCUUUUGAGCCCACUCCUGAUCAGAAACAGGCGUUUAUAGAUGUCGAAAAGGAUUUAACAGAGAGAGAAACUCCGAUGGAUCGAUUGAUUUGUGGAGAUGUUGGAUUUGGGAAGACCGAAGUUGCUCAACGAGCGCUUUUUUGUGUGGUUUCAUCUGGGAAGCAAGCUAUGGUGUUAGCACCCACCAUUGUGUUAGCUAAGCAGCAUUUUGGUGUUAUUUCAGAGAGAUUUUCGAAAUAUCCCAACAUCAGGGUUGGGCUUAUGAGCAGAUUUCAGACCAGGUUAGAGAGAGAGGAGUAUUAUAAUUUGAUUCAAGAAGGUGAGCUGGAUAUUAUCAUCGGAACUCACUCUCUUCUUGGUAGCCGAGUAACGUACGAUAAAUUAGGUCUUCUCAUAGUUGAUGAAGAACAGAGGUUUGGUGUCAAACAGAAGGAGAUGAUUGCUUCAUUGAAAACUUCAGUUGAUGUUCUUACUCUAUCUGCAACGCCUAUUCCUAGGACCCUCUAUUUAGCAUUAACUGGAUUCCGUGAUUGCAGUUUGAUCACAACACCGCCUCCUCAAAGAGUUCCUAUAAAAACUCACCUUUCAGAGUAUAGUGAGGAAAAGGUUAUAUCAGCAAUCAAUUAUGAGCUGGAUCGUGGAGGUCAGGUUUUCUACGUCUUGCCACGUAUUCAAGGUCUUGAAGAGGUGAUAUCAUUUCUUGAGAAAACUUUUCCAGAUCUUGAAAUUGCCCUUGCUCAUGGACAACUAUAUUCAAAACGGUUGGAGAAAACCAUGGCAAGAUUUGUUGAUGGAGAAAUUAAAAUUUUAGUUUCCACAAACAUAGUAGAGAGUGGGCUCGACAUUCAAAAUGCCAACACCAUCAUCAUCCAAGACUUCCAGCAAUUUGGGCUUGCACAGCUGUAUCAGCUACGUGGAAGGGUGGGAAGGUCGAAUAAGGAAGCACAUGCUCAUUUAUUCUACCCUAAUAAGUUGUUGCUCUCUCCAGCCGCGCAGAAAAGGCUAGAAGCUCUUGAAGAAUGUGGUGAUCUUGGUCAAGGUUUGCAACUUGCAGAAAGAGACAUGACCAUAAGGGGUUUUGGUAAUAUUUUUGGUGUGCAACAAACAGGGGAUAUCGGCAAUGUAGGCAUUGAUUUAUUCUUUGAAAUGCUUUUCGAGAGCUUAUCCACGGUUGAUGUGCAUCGAACCCGUCCAGUUCCUUACAAAUCUGUCAAGCUUGAGUUGGAUUUAAAUCCUCGUCUCUCGUCCGAGUACAUAAAUAAUCUGGACAAUCCCAUAGAAAUAAUUAAUGGUGCAGAAAAGGCGGCAGAAAAAGACACAAGUAGUUUGGUUGAAUAUACAGUGGAUUUAAGGAGACAGUAUGGGAAAGAGCCUUAUGCGAUGGAAGUUUUAUUGAAAAAACUUUAUGUGAAAAGAAUGGCAGCAGAUAUCGGGAUCACCAGGAUUUAUGUUUCGGGGAAAACAGUAGUAAUGAUGACAAACAUGAGUCAGCAAGUUUUCAAGAUGAUAAGAGACGCCAUGCUGUCAGAUAUUCACCGUAAUAUGCUUGUUUUUGAAGGAGAUGAAAUCAAGGCGGAAUUACUUAUAGAUUUACCAAAAGAUCAGCUUCUUACUUGGAUAUUCCAGUUGUUAUCUGAACUUCAUUCUGCACUACCAGCCCUUAUAAGAUACUAAUCAUUAUAGGACCCCUUUAACCACAAGCAAUCAAGAUUUAUUAUAUGCGAUGCAUAAGCAAGCAGCUCGGUAUGGAACCUAACCUUACUGUACCCAGCCCUUUAGUCAUGCAGUUUAAAUCCGAACCCUAACAAUGCAGACUAUGCUGCAUAUACUGGUAGGGUGCAUGCACUUUUUUGGAAUUGGCUUGUGCCCUUUCUGUAAAUCGUCAAUCCGUUUAGGCGAGCCAACUGGGAUGAGUACAACUGAUACAAGGUUCAUGUUGAUGGUCAAAUAGCAUACAUGAAUAUUUUUGUAGUAAUUAGCUCAACUACUGGUUACUGUAAUUAUUAAUCAUAGAUGUUAUUUUAUUUAUUAUGGAAUUUUACCAUCGCCUUUUA